AUGUCUCAUGCUCCAAAGCGACGGCGCUGCGUGCUUGAGGAAGGCAGUGAGGCCCAAAGUGUUGUUGUGGUUGUGGAAGAGGAUACAUCCUCAUCCUCCACCUGCUCCUCCUCAUUUCCCUUAUCCUCCUCCUCCUCCUCUUCCUCUUCCUAUCCUCUGAUCUCGAGCUCCCCAGAGGAGGGUCUUAAUGUUAUUCCUGAACCCCUGGGUCCCUCCCAGGAUCCUUCCCAGGAUCCUCCCCAGGGUCCUUCCCAGGGUCCUUCACAGAGCCCUCCGAGUUCCUCUCUCUCUCCCACUGCUGUUGCCUCUCCAAUGAGCCAAUCCGAGGAUGGCCCCAGCAGCCAAAAAGAGGAGAGUCCGAGCACUUCUCAGGCUCUGCCAAAUGCUGAGUCCCUGCCCAGAAAUGUGAUUGAUGACAGGGUGGCUGAUCUGGUAGAGUUUCUGCUCCUCAAGUAUCGCACCAAGGAGCUGACCACAAAGGCGGAAAUGCUGAGUGUCGUCACCAAAGAUUACCAGGAUCACUUCCCUGAGAUCUUCAGAGAAGCCUCGGAGUGCCUGCAGCUGGCGUUUGGCGUGGAUGUGAAGGAAGUGGACCCCAGCAAUGACUCCUAUGCUGUGGUCACUACCCUGGGUCUCACCUGCGAUGGGAUGAUGAGCGAUGGGCAGACCAUGCCCAAGAACGGUAUUCUGAUAGUUAUCCUGAGCAUGAUCUUUAUGGAGGGUGACUGUGUCUCUGAGGAGAAGGUGUGGGAAGUGCUGAAUGUGAUGGGGGUAUAUGAUGGGACAGAUCACUUUAUCUAUGGGGAGCCCAGGGAGCUUAUUACCAGAGUGUUGGUGCAGGAGCAGUACUUUGAGUACCGACAGGUGCCCAACAGUGAUCCUGCCAGCUAUGUGUUUCUGUGGGGUCCCCGGGCCCACGCAGAGAUCUGCAAGAUGACUCUCCUGGAGUUUUUGGCCAAGAUCAGUGGAAAUGACCCUAGAGCCUUCCCUCUGUGGUAUGAGGAGGCUUUGAGACAGCAGGAAGAGAGAGCCCAAUCUGGAAUUGCCACCACGGAUGAUACUAGUGCCAUGGCCAGUGAAAGUUCCAGUGCACCAUCCUGUCCUGAGUGA